AGUGUUGAUAAAAAAUUAGAUUAUUCAGAAAAGUUGGUUCAUGUUAAUUCUAAAGAAUCAUUGAUGCGAAUGAAAAAGUUAUUAUUAAGGUAUAAACCAGAUUAUAAGAUUUGGUUUUGGAUUAAAAGUUUCGAUCAUACAGGUACACAAAUUUACAAAAAUGAGGUGAAACUAUUAGAUGAUUUCAAAAAAUAUGUUAAUAGGAAAGGUAAAAAGAAACAAAAUAAAAACAAUUUCAAAAGCAAAAAACAAUCAAAGAAGAAAAAUAUUGGAAAAAAUAAACAAGGAAAAAAUAAUUUCAAAAAUGAAAUAUCAGAGAAAGAAAUCAUUUCUGAGAUUGUAACUUUAAUUGAUUCUCGAUUACAAUAUUUGAUAAAGAUAAACUCUAAUCUCCCAA